GUUUUGAUUCAUUCUCUAUGUUAAUAGAGUCUGCAAGCGAGGUCUAAAACCCUAAUCCCAAAACCCCGAAGAAGCCUCCUCUCUUAAAAACCCUUCGUCUCCUUCUCUGCCGCCAAGGCAAUGGCGGAACCAGCUCCGAGAGUGAGUAACCAGAUGGUCCAGAAGGCCGUAAACGCACUCCUCAAAUGGAGGAAUUCCAAAGCGCAGACCAAGAAACCCCAGCUCAUAGACAACGACGACGAAUUCGUCUACCUCAUCCUUACCCUCAAGAAAAUCCCAUCCAAGGACCGCAUUAACGCAUACAAAAUCCCUCUCCCCCACUCCCUCCAUUCCCAAUUCUCCGAUCUCUGCCUCAUCGUCGACGACAGGCCCAAAUCUGGUCUCACCAAAGACGACGCCGCCAAAAAAAUCAAAUCCGAAGAUAUCCCGAUCUCGAAGAUCCUCAAAUUCUCCAAGCUCAAAUCCGAUUACCGACCUUUCGAGGCCAAGCGGAAGCUCUGCGAUUCCUACGACAUGUUCUUGGCCGACAAGCGGGUAAUACCUCUCUUGCCGCGGCUUUUGGGGAAGCACUUCUUCAAGAAGAGGAAGAUUCCGGUGCCGGUGGAUCUGAAGCACAAGAACUGGAAAGAGCAGGUCGAGAAGGUACGCGGGUCGGCCCUGUUGUACUUGAGGACUGGAACGUGUUGCGUGGUGAGAGUUGCGAAAGUUUCGAUGGAUAUGGAGGAGAUUAUUGAGAAUGUGGUGGCUGCCAUUAAUGGGGUUGUUGAGGUUGUUCCGAGGAAGUGGGGGAAUGUGAGGUCUUUGCAUUUGAAGCUUUUGGAGUCCCUUGCUCUACCCAUUUAUCAGGCUGUACCUGAUUUGAAGUUGAAGAUAGAGGGAAUUAAGGAAGAGGAGGAGGAAAAGGAGAAGAAUGUGAAAGAGGAAGAGACCAAGAGUGCCGAUGAGGACGAUGAGAAAGUGGGGAAGAAGAAAAAGAAGGGAAGGAUUCAUGCGGUUCGGUAUAUGGAUGUUAAUGUCGGCGGUGACGAACUGGGCAGUGAUGGUGAUUGGAAUGCGGGUGAAGAAGGUGACGAUAGUGAGAAUGAUGAAAUAAAUGCUGAUGAGAAAGUGGAGAAGAAGAGGAAGAGGAACAAGCGAAAUGCAAUGAGUGAUGGUGGUGUUCUUGCUGAGUUGAAUGGCAAAAAACAAUUGAAGUCGGUGAAGCUGAAGGACAAAGAUGGGUUGUCUGCUAAAGGGAAAAAGGAAAAUAGUAUCAAGAAGGAGACAGAUGAUUCAUCUAAGAAAGUUAAGAAAAUCAUCAAAGGUACUGAAUCUGAUAGAAAGAAGGAGAAGAAGGAGAGUCUAGUUGGGAAAUUGAAAGCUAAGAAAAGCAAGUAAGGAUUAGAGUGACUCAGCAUACCAGGCCUGAGAUGUUAGGUCUUAUCACAUUUUGAUUUGAGUUUGUUUGUUAAAAGUUUUGACUUGUUAUGAGAUUAUGAAAAUUCAGCUGAUUGAAAUCGCUUAAUCAUUUUAAAAUGGAAUGGUUACUUAUCGUUGUUGGUA